CUGUACUAUGUAGAGCUUUGGCCAACUGAAUUGGUAAAGCCAGGAAGACAGAGCUUUGGCCUCUUUUGGCAGCUCCUUUUCCUCUUUCCCACAAUCUCUUCUCCCCCAUCUUCAAUUACUCUUAUUCUCCACCUCUUUUGGCAGCUCCUUUUCCUCUUUCCCACAAUCUCUUCUCCCCCAUCUUCAAUUACUCUUUGUAUUUUCAAAUCCCACCAAAAUAAUUUCUCCAUGGGUGGCUAUCCGAGGCUAUGUGGACGCACGGUGCUUAACUGUUCUUCGCCGGAGAUGGGUCCUACAUCUGAACCCGUAAAUGGCAGGCAACCUCAUCGACAUUCUAUGCCUCCUUUUAAUGCGAGACUUGAUGAAGUUGGCAUACCCAAACCAUCAUUUAAAUGGCGUAGGGUGUUGCUUAAAGUAAGUGGAGAAGCCCUUGCAGGAGAUCAAACACAGAACAUUGAUCCAAAGGUUACAAUGGCCAUUGCAAGGGAGGUUGCAGCUGUAACUCUGCUAGGCAUUGAGGUCGCAAUUGUUGUUGGUGGGGGAAAUAUCUUCCGAGGCUCCUCUUGGGCAGGCAGUAGUGGCCUCAACCACUCAUCAGCUGAUUAUAUUGGAAUGUUGGCAACUGUUAUGAAUGCCAUGUUUCUACAAGCUAUGAUGGAGAGCAUUGGUAUCCCCACUAGAGUCCAGACAGCAUUUCGCAUGUCUGAAGUUGCUGAACCAUACAUACGUAGAAGGGCUGUUAGGCAUUUAGAGAAAGGAAGGGUUGUGAUUUUCGCAGCUGGAACUGGAAACCUUUCUUCAGCAGACACUGCUGCAGCUCUUCGUUGUGCUGAGAUUAAUGCAGAGGUGAUGCUGAAAGCUACGAAUGUUGAUGGGGUAUAUGAUGACAAUCCCAGGCAUAACCCAAAUGUUUCCCUUCUUGAUUGUCUAACUUAUCAAGAUGUGUUGUCGAGGGAUCUUUCGGUGAUGGACAUGACCGCCAUUACUUUGUGCCAAGAAAACAACAUUCCUGUCGUUGUCUUCAAUCUGAAUAAACCGCGUAAUAUCUCCAAAGCGAUCCUGGGAGAGAGGGUUGGCACGCUGAUUGGAGGGACAUGGAAUUCAGCCCCAGCAAGGACUUGAGCAGAAUGGUUCUUAGUCUCAACUGCUAUUGAUUAUGGGCUCGCUGCCUUCUUGGUUACAGUAUGCAAAAUUUUGAGGACUAUUCCGUACUAAAUUGGGAGAAUUUGAGUUUUAGCAUAAGCGUCUCAAUCUUCUGAGGGAGGUGGUGAAAGAGAAAUCUUGAGCAUCCAUGUCCAUUCGACAAUAGGUAUAUUGAUGUUGUCACUGAAAAUAUUCUUGUGAAAUUUUGGCCAUUUAUGGAAAAGCGUUCAUAAUUUUAUAAUGUUUGUAAGAGGUACGGAUGACUCCAGAGUAUCUAUGUGUACUGUAGCCCAUCUUUGAUACGGAACCACCAUUUUUUUACAGCGAAACCAA